GCUGGGCUUGCUGGCUUACGAAGCAUAGCAUGGCAAAGACCAGAGACAGCAAUUCAAUUCAAUAGCCUUUGCUUUGCAUUCGUUGUUGGUACUCUGUGUGUGUGUUUUCAAUCAGGCGAGCGGCGCGCGAACGAACCUCAUCUUUUCCGCAUUGCCACCAACAAAACACAGCGAUACAAUACACAGCGUUGCAGAGCUGUUUGUUUAUUUUUUACUAACUAAAAACAAACGCAAAACAGAUUUCUAGCUUACCCGCGUUGCUGAUGUCACAAAAACCCAUUCAUUGCGUUACGGUUGUUUUUUUUUGCGUGUGGUGUCGUCGUAGAAUCAGUGACUUUCGAUUUAACGAGUGGCGUUUGCUUUAAAUUGCCGUUUACUUGCAUGUAUAUACUUACGUACAAUAAUCAAUAAGAUAUACAACCUGAAAACCUAAGCUCCAGCGUACGAUAAAAGUCGUAGAACAGUAUUAAAGGCUGUCUGAAGAACUGGCUUGGACUGCCAUUGCUUUCGUUAGUGUGUGUAGUGAAAAAAAAAUAAAAAUAGUGAAAACACGAUUCACCACCGGAUUCCAAGCAACUGAGACAGACUCUCGAAACGAUCCGUACGAUCGGAGUCAUUCCUAUCGCUUAGUAAUGGAACACUUUCAUCAAAUUCAGCAACUGGCUGCGCAACAACAACAGCAAGUGCAACAGCAACAACUGCAGCAACAUCAAGUGGUAGUGCAGCAGAACCAGCAGCAAGCACACCAGAAUAGCUCCAACACCACGGCCGGUGUUGGCACCCAGCAGCUGUUUACGUACAAAAUGGCCAGCAGCUUCCCAAAUCCAGCCACAACAAUGGCCCAAGUAGUAGCCACCUCAAACGCCGCCGGAACCACGGGCUAUGACUACCGCCUGAAUAUGGCACAGGCAGCAGCCGCCGCCGCCGUUCCCGGUUCCCAAUGGUGGUACUCGGCUGCCAACCAAGGUCAAGUGGAUGCCAACACAGCUGCACAGUUACAGCAACAACAGCAGCAACAGCAGCAGCAGCAGCAACAACAACAGCACCAGCAACAACAACAACAACAAAUGCAGCAACAGCAGCAGCAACAGAACGUCAUAAAUUCAGCUGGGAGUCCAAUGAUCAGAGGAAAGGCAGACGCCAAGCCUAGAGGCCGCAUGACCGCCUACGCUUACUUUGUACAGACUUGUAGAGAGGAGCACAAAAAGAAGCACCCCGAUGAAACCGUGAUAUUUGCUGAGUUCUCACGAAAAUGCGCUGAGCGGUGGAAGACAAUGGUAGAUAAGGAAAAGAAACGCUUUCAUGAAAUGGCCGAAAAGGAUAAGCAGCGCUACGAAGCGGAAAUGCAAAAUUAUGUUCCACCUAAAGGGGCGGUCGUUGGUCGUGGCAAAAAAAGGAAACAGAUUAAGGACCCAAACGCUCCAAAACGUUCAUUGUCUGCGUUUUUUUGGUUCUGCAAUGACGAGAGAAAUAAGGUGAAGGCCCUUAAUCCCGAGUUUGGUGUCGGCGACAUCGCAAAAGAACUGGGACGAAAAUGGUCAGACGUUGAUCCCGAGGUGAAGCAAAAGUACGAGUCGAUGGCAGAGCGAGAUAAGGCUCGAUAUGAACGGGAAAUGACCGAGUACAAGACAAGUGGGAAAAUAGCUAUGUCUGCACCUUCAAUGCAGGCGUCGAUGCAAGCACAGGCGCAAAAAGCAGCGUUACUUGCCGCCGCUGCACAGCAACAACAUCAGCAGCUGGAUGAACAGCACGACGACGAUGACGGCGAUGGCGAUGAUGACGAGAACCAAUAGGUUUAGCAGUAAUACUCUUCACUAUUUAUAAAAAAAUGUCAUUGAUCAUUACGAUCCAGAAGGCAUAAACAUGGUAGCGUUGGCUGAUCUAUUAUCAGGUUGGCAAAUGUGUGUUGAAUAUAUAUACAUAUAUAUAU